AUGAAAAAGUACACGGUGGCCCCCGCUAUCCCCGUGGCGGCUCGUUCCGCGUGCAGUCGCUACCAGGUGACGCCCGCACUCUCUGCCCUGCAGAUCAGCGACGAGGAGAAGCUGGAGAAGCGGCUGUUGGAGGAGCUGGUCAAACUGUUCACCGACUCUGACGCCUUCUACUUCAGCCAGACCUACGACAUCACGAACAGCGCCCAGCGGCAGUGGCGUUGGCAGCGGCAAGGCAUCAACUCCGAAGAAGGUUUGCUGGCAAAGGUCGAUGACAGAUUUUUCUGGAACAAGUACAUGAUUCGAGACUUGCUCAAAAAACAGAGCGCGAUGUCGGAUGCGUGGAUCAUCCCCAUCAUCCAAGGCUUUGUGCAGGUGACGGAGAUCAACGUCAGCCACUCCAAGUACAAGGGCGGGAACUCCUGCGAAGAAUGUGUGGUGAGCGAGGACAUGCCAAAGGCGCCGGGGGGGAAGUUCCUGUUCGUCCUUAUCUCCAGGAGAAGCAGGUACAGAGGAGGGAUGCGAUACAAACGCAGAGGCAUCGACAGCGGCGGGAACGUGGCCAAUUACGUGGAGACCGAGCAGCUGAUCUUCAGGGGGAGCGAUGUCUUAUCGUUCGUCCAGAUUCGAGGGUCUAUCCCCGUGUUCUGGAGCCAGGAGGGCUAUCGGUAUAAACCCCUUCCCCAGCUCCACAAGACCGAUGCAGAGAACACACAAGCUUUUCAGAGCCACUUCAUGGAACAGUUCAAGAUUUACAAUAAAGGGGUUAGUUUGUUCCAAUUUAUAGAAUCGUACGGUGUUUAAAUAGCCUCCCUGGCCCAACUUGCCCCAGACAACCAUGCCCCAUCUACACUAGUCCCACCAAUCUCCACUUGGCCCAUAUCCCCCAAAACCUUCCCCAGUUUAAGAAUAAGGGGGGCAUUUAGGACUGAGAUGAGGAAAAGCUUUUUCACCUAGAGAGUUGUGAAUCUGUGGAAUUCUCUGGAGGCCGUACAGACACCGGGCAAAUUCCGUACAGACAACACCCAUAGUCAGGAUCGAACCCAGGUGUAAGCCGGCAAAUCUACCGCAGAGCAGUGUUGUCUUGGCAUCAUGUUCGGCACGGACAUUGUGAGCCGAAGGGCCUGUUCUUGUGCUGUACUGUUCUACGGUCUAUGUUAAAAAUACCCGAGUACAGAGUAUAGUG